AUGGCAACCAACGUCCCCUCCUUUUCGUCCCUUCCCUUGCAGAAGAAUGGAAUUCGCGGAAAUGCAUGGGGCCUGUUUGGCAAGGACGAUGAACUCGGAAUGCUCAAUCGAUUGACCCCUAAGACUACCAUCGCUGCUACUAAAGAGAUUGUACAUGGCAUUCGGAUUUCUACCGACUGGUCACUGAACAAGCCAAGCGUGCCUUGUUUCGGUCGGCAGCAAUUCCAUCAGCAUAUCCACCACAAGGAACCGAGGACUGUCAAUGAUGAUAUUUUGACUUUGAACACCCAGUCGAGUUCUCAAUGGGAUGGUUUUAGACAUUUUGGAUACCAAGAUCACAAAGUCUACUUCAAUGGAUGCAAGCAAGAAGACGUGCACAAUUCUACCCAAAAUGGAAUUCACGUGUGGGUAGAAAAUGGAGGUAUCGUGGGCCGCGGAGUUCUCUUGGACUACUGCUCCUGGGCCGAAUCAGAAGGCAAGCUGCUACCAGCCCUUGAGACUAGCAACAUCCCCAUUUCCGACUUCCAAAAAGUCGCAGAGUACCAAGGCGUUACUUUCAAACCGGGCGAUAUCCUCUUCGUCCGGACUGGAUACGUUCGAGCCCUCGACGCAAUGUCGAAAGACGAAGCUGUGGCGUAUUCAGCGACUCCGCCGACUGCUAUUGGCGUCGAGUCCUGUGAAGAGACGUUGAAGUGGAUUUGGGACCACGAGUUCUCGGCUGUGGCUGGUGAUGCGAUUGCUUUUGAGGCACUACCAUUUCAGAGUACAACCCACUGGAUACACGAGUGGUUACUUGCUGGCUGGGGUCUUCCAAUCGGAGAGUUAUUCGACUUGGAGAACUUGGCUGCCGAGUGCAAGAAACAGAAGAAGUGGAGCUUUUUCUUUAGUAGUAUGCCCUUGAAGGUUCCUGGCGGAGUUGCGAGUCCACCAAAUGGUGUGGCCAUCUUAUGA